AUGUGGCCCCUCAAAAGGGAUGGACAGAUCGGAACUCCGAGUGUCAGCACCUCUAGUAUCCAGUGUCCGAUAGUUAAUAAAGUAUUUCAUCAGAAAGGCCCUGCUACUGCAACCGAGACCGCAACUGGAGACGAUUACGAAGAGGACGAGUACAGCUAUUCAGGAUCGGCAUCAGGCUCUGGAUCUGAAUCCGGUUCUGAGACAGAGUCCUAUUAUUCUGAAAAUCUGCAGUCGACUGAUGCCGAGGCCAAACAAACUGCCCAUUCUACAGCCAUUUCAUCUGUUCUUUCUUCAUUAGCUGGCUCAGCGGGGCCCCCAUCUACCCCUUUGGCUAGCAACAGCGCAUGCAUAAUGGGUCCAUCGGCACCUGCCAAUCGUGCUUCGCUGAUUGAACUCCGACCUGGCUCACUCGCUUGCUCCCCCGGAGGUCCUUCCAAUGAAGAGGUUAUUGACAGGCGCCUUUCUGUCUUCCCCUUGCCUAGUCCCCCUGGGCCAGCAACUCCAUUGGCUGUUUCGCAGACCCAGUCUCCCCUGCACCAUGCACUCACUUCCUCGGCCUCUGCCACCUCUUCGUUGCAUCUGCCUUUGCCACCACCACCACCCACUCCGCCCCAACUCGUUUCAGCGUCAACCACUUCGGAUCACUUUGACUCUUCGCAACUUUCUGGCCCGACCCCUCUUUCAAAGGAGCCCAGCGCAACAGGCCUCCCUGAUCCGGGCGGAUCCAUUUCCGGGCCACCGGGCGCAUUCGAUCAGACUGUCGGAUUAGCUUCUGGCACAGCAGAACGGGCAACCGGAGCUCCAGUCGUUCUGUCUACGGGCUGCGGCAGUUCAAGUAGUGGCAGUAGCAGCGCAAGUAGUAGUAGUGGUAGCAGUAGCAGUAGUAGCAGUGCCGGUGGUAGCCAGAGCAACCGAAAUAGCGCGACUAGCCUGGACAGUGGACGAGGGUCGGCGUAUGCCACGAGCCACGAAGAGAACGGGCGAGCUCUUGCAGUAAGUCCACCGUAA